CCUCGGACGCAGCUUCCCCAGGUGGGCUCCUGCCGGUGCCUCGGAGCGGGUCCACAGACCCAGUCUCUGCAUGCCGCUGGCGCGGGCUACUUGGAGUGAAAAGGGCCCUGCUGGGCUGCGCUGGCGUCUCAAUAAGGGAGUGGAGAUGCCAUGUGUCAGAGAGGCCUGAGCCAGAACAUCUGGAAACAGCCAAGCCGCAAGCCCCAGCUUUGACUGUGCUCUGAGCUGCCUCCAGCAUCCCAGAGCGAUUCGAGGGCUGGGAAUCCAGCUGGAGCUCGCUGGCCGUCACACCAAACCCGCCUGGCGGCGUCUCCAGUGAUCGUGCCUGUGACUCGGUGUCUCUGCAGAUCUCGCCCCAGAGGGCACCGCCGAGAUGGAGCCAAGUGUUGGGGGCAGAGGAAUCCCAGAUGCUCCUGGGGCGGCAGGCGCUGGGGGCUGGAGCAUCAGAGAGGAGCAGAGCGACACGCUAGGACCCCGGGCAGUGAAAGCAGAGAGCGCGUCCGAGAGCCUGGGCUGUGGGGAGCCCCUGGCCCCAGGAAGCGGCCACGUCGGGGACGUGCUGCUGAUCUGCACUGAGUGCGGGGAGAGCUUCGGGCAUCACGAGGCCCUGAUUGCCCACCAGCGAGACCACGCCGGGCAAGGGGCCGGGCCCUUCACCUGCCCCCAGUGCCAGCAGAGCUUCAAGCACAGAGCCAGCCUGGUGGCGCACCAGCGCGUGCACACGGGCGAGCGCCCCUACGCCUGUGCCCAGUGUGGGAGGGGCUUCCGCUACAAGACCUGCCUGGUGGUGCACCAGCGCGCCCACUCCGGCCAGCGCCCCCACAAGUGCCCGCAGUGCGGCAGGGCCUUCCUGCAGCGCGGGGACCUGCGUGCCCACCUGCGCACACACACGGGCGAGCGCCCCUUUGCCUGCUCUGAGUGCGGCCUCCGCUUCCCGUCCCGCCGGAACCUCGCCUGUCACCAGCGCCAGCACCCGGACCUGGGCCCCCACCAGUGCCAGCAGUGCGGGCGCAGCUUCCGCCACAAGCGCAACUUGGUGCGGCACCAGCGUGGCCAUGCCGGCACCCAGCCCUACCACUGCCCCGAGUGCGGGGACGGCUUCUGCUACAAACAGAGCCUGGUGGCCCACCAGCGGGAGCACGCCACCCCCCGGCCCUACCCCUGCCCGCAGUGUGGCACCAGCUUCCAGCACCAGGCCAACCUGGCCAUCCACCAGCAGAGCCAUGCCCCCCCGGCCACCUACACCUGCCCCCAGUGCCAGCAGAGCUUCAAGUACAAGGGUUACCUGCGCAUGCACCAGCGGAAGCACUCGGCCCCCGAGGCUGCGGGACGGGAGUGCCAGGCCCUGCCCAGCGGGGGGAGGCUCUUUACCUGCGCCCAGUGUGGGAAAGGCUUCAAGAACAACGGCUUCCUCAUCAUCCACCAGCGAGCCCACGCGGCCGGGGCACGGAGCGCCAGCCCCAGCCCUUGGGGCACCUAGCCCCUCUGCCAGGCCUCGUGCCAUCAGCAAAGCGGCAACAUUGCCAAGGGAGCUCUGAGCGUGGCCAGGAAGGGCCCAGCGUGCCGACGGGUGCUGGCCACGGGCACAGUGUUAGAGAGAGGGGAGGGCUGGGCUGCUGAAACCCAGGGUGGCCAACUUAGGCUACUGGGCUUUGUCUGAAAGCACAGCUCCGGAGUCCUGGGAGAAUGGCAUCUUCGGACUCAAAGUGCGGCUGUGGUGCCGGCGGCGAAGGGUCUGGGGUGUCUGAGCACAUGGGGUUUGCGGGGCCGGGGCUGGGUCUUUCUGCUGCUGGCUGCUGCCCUGUUGCCGGAUGCGUGUACCAGCCCUGCCCGGUGCCCCCAAAUUCUCUCCCUGGGCCCCUCUGGGAAGAGGCUGCUGAGCCUGGAUGUGGCCCCGGGGGGAGAGGGGGGCUGGCUGUCGUGCCACACACGCAGCCAGGCAGAAAGGGGGCCGAAGAGCCCUGAAUGUGCUGUGGGGGACGGGGGAGAAACCUGCCCUGAGAGGCUCCAGAGCUGCUUGGGUCACGGCGCAACCGGGCGUCCCACAGAGAGAACCACCACUGGCACAGCGCGGACGCUGCACCCCUUCAAACUGCAAUAGCAGCCCAUCCCCCACCAACCACUCCCCCACCCCCACCAGCAGCCCGGAUUGGGAGGCCUCUGCACUGGCUCAGAGCCUGCCCCGUGGCCAGGGGAUGGGCAGGCCCCAAGGAAGGCAGGGGUUCCUGCAGGAGGGAGCUGUUAGUGGUUGCUGGGGCCCUGUGGCCGGAGCCGGGAGUCCCAGUGGGCUGGGCUCUGCUCCCGCCCAGGGCCGGCUGCAUGGGUCGCCUGGCUGGAGCACAGCUGUCUCGGCGGGGGUGGGAGGCAGGGCCAGCCCCCCUGUGGCUAAUCACCACCUCCCUGCUGAGGCUGGUGGCAGGGACCGGGGCUGGCUGAGAGCUGGGAGGCUCCUUCGGGAGCGUCUGGGCCAGAGGCCAGACCCCAGCUUGGCUCCACUCGACACCCAGGCUGCGGGGCGCGGGAGAUCGGCCCCUGCAGCCCCGUGUUGCGGGAGGGACACGGCUGGUGUCUUUGGAGAAAUAAAGCUGAAGUGCUGCAGGCAGGGCCUGGGAUCGGGCUGGUGCGUGUUCUGUGCUGCAGGCGGCGCUGAGGGAGCUCCCUGCCCCCUAGGGCUGCCCCCCAUAGCUGGGGCUCUUGGCCUCCUGUGGGGCCGCUGGGGGCCGGAGUGUCCCCGGCCUGGGGCUGUGCUCAGGCUGCCGCGCUUGCAUUGUCUUUGCCUGUAACUAUCAGUGUAGCAACGCCCUCGUCGGCAGCCGGCCGGGCUGCUGACAGCUGGGCCGUGGGAGCUGGGCUAGCAGAUCAGCAGGGCUGGGGAAGGACAUAGCCACUCGCUGAAUGCUCUGGGCUGCGUCCAGUGUGGUGCAGAAGGGAGGGGAGUCGUGCCCCACCCCGGUUCCACAUACCUAGGGCUGUGCAGGGGGAGAAGCAGGAAACGGGGGCACAGCCUGCACUAGCCUCCUUUUUGUCCAGUGACUGCAGAGGUGUUAAUGGGUCACCGCUCCUCAAUGACCUCUUAGAAUCUGUAUUAACUCCUGCUGAACAGUGGGGCCCCUUGGCUCUAGCUGUGCCGCUCUGGGUGUGUCUACACUGCAGUGUAAGCCCAGGGCUCAGACUCUGACUCAGGCCUCCCCCGCCUUCUGUCUACACACAUCGCUCGGCCCCAGGGGCUAAACCUGAGUCAAGCCGGGACCCGGGGUCAGGCCCUGGUGCUUUGUAGUUUAGUUGCAGCCCCCACUGGCCUUGUGCUCUGGGACUCUGCCACCAGCAUCCUGCAGGCCCAGGGGUCGACUGUCUUUGUGCUCUGGGAGUCACGGACUCCUGUUGCACCACAGCCAGAGGGCUGGGCUGGCCCCUUUGGGGCGGGUGCUAGGAAGUCUGGGGUACGGGGGUUGGACUCGGCCCCCUGUAAUGCAG